UGUUCAUGCAACAAUAGGUCGUUUCUGCCUUGUUUUAAUAGCGCACAGCGCUGUUUCUGCAUUUGCUAACUCAAAGAAACAUGAGAAAACAUACAUUCAUCUCCAUUGAAGCUCCUCCCACAACAAUCACUCAUUCAGUAAUUUAGCAAUAAAUGCUAAAGUGAAGACAAGCAUCAGAUCAUCAGGAAGAGCUGAAAUCUGUAAAGACUCAGUUUAUUAAAGAGGACAGAGAGAAGAUGAGAGAUCCAGAACCCUGCAGAAUCAAACACACUGAAGAUACUCAAGAACAAACAGAAUUGAUGGAAGAAAACAAGGAGAAUGAAGAACUGAGUGAAGUUGAGGAGAAAAACUGUGUAAAAACUGGAGAAAAACACUUGAGUUGCUCUCGAAUUAAACGGAAAGAUUUAAAGAAAAGAAGAGCCAAGAAAUCUUUCACCUGCACUCAGUGUGGAAAGAUUUUCACAUGGAAAUAUAGUCUUGUUGUUCACAUGAUAAUUCAUACUGGAGACAAACCUUUCACUUGUGAUCAGUGCGGGAAGAGUUUCUCACAAUCACCAAGCCUUAAGAGACACAUGAACAUUCACACUGGAGAAAAACUCAACACAUGUGAUCAGUGCGAGAAGAGUUUCACACAAAAAGCUCACCUUACAGUACAUAGGAGAGUUCAUACUGGAGAAAAACCAUUCACUUGUGAUCAGUGCGGGAAGAGUUUCACACGAUCAGCAACCCUUAAGAAACACAUAAACAUCCACACAAGAGAGAAAAUUUACUCAUGUGAUCAAUGCAGCAAAACAUUUUUGUGGGUUUCAUACCUGAAGGAACACAUGAGAGUUCAUACUGGUGUGAGAGAGUACAUGUGCUUUGAGUGUGAAAAGACUUUUACGAAAGCAAAGUGUUUAAAACUGCAUGAGAGAACUCACAAUGGAGAAAAGCCUUACAAGUGUUCACAAUGUGACAAGAGAUUCAGUCAGUCAUCAAAUCUGAAAAAACAUGAGAGGAUUCACACUGGAGAGAAACCAUACAAGUGUUCACACUGUGACAAGAGAUUCAGUGAUUCAGGAUCCCUGAAAAAACAUGAGAGAUGCCACACUGGAGAGAAACCAUACAAGUGUUCACACUGUGACAAGAGAUUCAGUGAUUCAGGAUCCCUGAAAAAACAUGAGAGGAUCCACACUGGAGAGAAACCAUACAAGUGUUCACACUGUGACAAGAGAUUCAGUGUGUCAGGAUCCCUGAAAAACCAUGAGAGGAUCCACACUGGAGAGAAACCAUACAGGUGUUCACACUGUGACAAGAGAUUUAGGCAGUCAGGACAUCAGAAAAACCACGAGAGUAUCCACACGGAGUAAAACCGUAUCACUGCACUGCAUGUGAAAAUUGUUUCAAUCAAUCUUCCAAUCUACAUAAAAAAACUAUCACAGCCCUUACAGGUCUGAUGCUGUGUCCUCACUAAAUGUUACACAAUAAUGAAUCAAGCAAUAAAAUACAGAUGCAUCUCAAUAAAUUAGAAUGGUAAUGUUAAGUUAAUUUAUUUAAAAAAUUCAACUCAAAUUGUGAAACUUGUGUAUUAAAUCAAUUAAAUGCACACAGACUGAAGUAGUCUAAGUCUUUGGUUCUUUUUAAUUGUGAUGAUUUUGGCUCACAUUUAUCAAAAACCCACCAAUUCACGAUCUCAACAAAUUAGAAUAUGGUGACAUGUCAAUCAGCUAAUCAACUCAAAACACCUGCAAUGGUUUCCUGAGUCUUCAAAAUGGUCGCUCAGUUUGGUCACAAGGCUACACAAUCAUGGGGAAGACUGCUGAUCUGACAGUUGUCCAGAAGACAAUCAUUGACACCCUUCACAAGGAAAGUAAGCCACAAACAUUCAUUGCCAAAAAAGCUGGCUGUUCACAGAGUGCUGUAUCCAAGCAUGUUAACAGAAAGUUGAGUGAAAGGAAAAAGUGUGGAAGAACAAGAUGCACAACCAACCGAGAGAAGCGCAGCCUUACGAGGAUUGUCAAGCAAAGUCAAUUCAAGAAUUUGAGUGAACUACACAAGGAACGGACUGAGGCUGGGGUUAAGGCAUCAAGAGCCACCACACAGAUGUGUCAAGGAAUUAGCUGAACCACAGACAAC